AUGAAAAUUAAGAAAUCUCCGCCAAAGAAAUUGGUGGCACCGGUUAGUAAAUCUUGUCCCUACGAAAUACCACCGAUCAAAAAUCUUAUACAAAAACUCAGCGAAUGUCACGAAGAAGAAAUACCAAGAAUAGUAGAGUCUGCUAUCGACUGGAGCUAUCCACGGGGAGAUCUCUUUCAUUGGAUCGGCGUUCUGAAUCGGUUUGAUACUAUGCUCGAAAAUAUCUGUAAAAAUUAUAAUUUGAAGAAAUUGCAAACAUCAAAAUUCUCAGAGGGAGCUCGUGUCGUAUUAGUGGCAAUAUUGAAAUUUUCGCGGGUGUUGUUGGAAAACUGCACGAAUAGAAAUUUGUACAGUUCUUACGAGCAUCUCAAUGACUUGUUAUAUACAAGUGAGUUGGAUGUUUUAGAGGUUUUGUUGCGUUUGAUUCUCCGACCUGCACAACGACUCAGUAAUCAGCGAGCGCUUCGCACAAAUUUUACCAUUUCUCCUGAGCGCAUUUUAACGUUGGCUCAUUGUUGGGGCACAAAAGAAUACGAUCUUGAAAUGGAACAUCUUGCAUCUGAUGAUGUAACUAUUCCAGAAGAGCUGACUACUUUAAAUUAUCAGUUUUAUCGACAUCUAACCCCAUCGGAAGCUGCUGAAACUACUGGUGACAAGAAAAGUGAUGCUACCACUCCUACUCAAUCUCAAAAAAGUCAGAGAAAAGAUAGUGCAUCAAGUUCAAGUGGGACCAAAGCUGGAGAAGGCGUCACUUUAAUAUCUGUUAAUAACGUUCGUCAACUGGGAGAUACAGAUAUGAACAUUUUAAAUCAUGUUGUUCAGGAAUAUAAUAUUCCUGAAGAAUUUCACUUUGCCCUUCUGAAUCGGAUUAGAAUUGUCACCAGUAUUUCAUCAACCGAUACCAGACGAAGACUUUUAAUAAUAAGAUUACUUGCUGUUGCCAUCAUGGCACACGUUAUCCCUGAACACGUUGCCCAAUCCAAAUUGUUCUUAUAUGAACCUGAUAUUGUUGCAAACCUUGCCAAGCUAGUUCACCCAGAUCGAAACGUACCAUUUGAUAUUCAAACGGUUGCGCUUUACGCUUUGGAUGGGAUUAGUAGAUAUCGAUCGAAGCUUGGUGAAGUUUUAACGGCUAUAAAUGCCUCUGCAAACCAUGGCAUUCUUCUUUACGUUUUAAGAAGGGUUAUAGCGGAUCUAGAGCGUGAUAAUCCUAUAUAUCCUCAGGAAUACUACGAUGCACUCUUUGCAUUAAUAUCUUACAUCAUUACUACACAAACCGGUGGAACGAUGGUUAUAUCAGCCGGAAUCGUUCCGACACUUUUGCAGUUACUUAACAAUAAGAAUCCACACCAAUUAAAGAACGUGACAAAAGCAGUUGGUAUCCUGGACAGUCUUGUCUAUGGAUUCAAUACAUCGUUUACUUCAUUUUGUAAUGCUAAUGGCGUCCGUGUACUAGUUGAUAGAAUUAAGGAAGAAGUUGAUAAUGGUAUACGACUUGCCAAAGAGGCUCGAGACAGUCAAAUGGAAGGUAUCACGAUCGCAAAUUCAUCUGCAUCAGCUGGACCAUCUUCAGAAGGCGAAGAGUUUAUUUCUUCUGUCGCUAUUGAAAAUGAUGUUUCCCUUCCAUAUGAACGGGCGUCAUUGCUAAAAUCAAUGUUUAAGUUCGUUUUACACAUGAUGCAAUCCUCUGGUACUGCAGACGGCCUACGCAAUCUUAUCGACACUUCACUGCCAGAUUCGUUGAAAAAAGUCUUUGAACAGCCAAAUGUGUUUGGUAGCAGCAUAUAUGCACUUGCCAUCAAUUUGAUUGCUACGUUCAUACAUAACGAACCCACAUCGCUUCCGAUUAUGCAGGAGGCUAGACUUCCACAAACAUUUUUAAACUCUAUUUCUAAGGAGAUUCCUGCUUCCGUUGAUGCGAUUCAAUCAAUCCCGAAUGCAUUUGGUGCUAUUUGCUUAAAUGCUCAAGGAAUGGAAAUUUUUAACCAGAUGAAUCCAAUAGACAAAUUCUUUACUAUUUUUACAUCGGAUGAACAUUUGCGCUCACUUCAAGACUCGGAUGUUGCAUCAGUUUUGGGAACUUCAAUCGAUGAAUUGAUGCGACAUCAUCCAAGCUUAAAGCAAUGUAUCAUGAAUGCAAUAAUGACCACCCUUCAACGCAUUAUUGAACUUGGCCAUAACUCGCCAAUUAAAGACAGUGCAAGUAUAUUACACGCUGGUAGUGAUGAUGACCAAAUUAAUUCAGAAAUUUCAGGGGUAGAGGGAUCAAUUGAUACAAAAAUGACUGAUUCAGAUAAUACUAAAGCUGAUGAAAAUAAAACAGAUGAGAAGAAAGAGAACACAGUUGUAGCAUUUAUUGAAAUUGCGGCACGAUUUUUGGAAGGUCUUUUUCAAACACAAAAUCAUUGUAAAGAAUUUUUAAAACAGGAAAACGGACUCAAUAUAAUUUUAAAGUUUUAUGCGCUGCCGGUUUUGCCUUAUGAAUUUGGCUGUUCUCAAGCAUCAUAUUCUCUUUCACAUUUAAUGAGAGUUAUUGCAGAUGUUGAUCCAAAACGAAGCAUUUCUGCAAUUGUCGGUGCCCUCAAUGAAACACUCCAGGGAGCGACAAGUUUCCUAUCGUAUGAAGGAAAAGGCAUUCUAUCAGAAUAUGUUGAUCUAAAAGAAAGUGAUGUAGCAAAAAUCGAAGAAGCAAAUAGCACGUUUAGGACCUUAAUUACUCUUCACGGAUACGUUGGAUUACUUUCUGACGUGUAUUGUACACCUGUAUUUUCACACGGCAAAAGUGCAUCAUCAGUGAUUGAUGCAUUUAUUGGAACUGACAAUGAUGUAUUACCAACUCUUGGAAAACUCCAUCGAGUUUGUGUCUGGGAAAAUGUUAUUUUGAAAUCAUCAGUUCCAAAAUCUUGGUAUAAUCUUCCAUCAAAAACGAAGAAACCUUCACAUUUUCCUGAAUCAUCGUCAAGCAUAGCAUCUGCGUUAUUAGACGACGCGGAUAAAGAUGUUGCAGAUUCAAAUGAACCACCAGUUGACCAAAAUGAUCGUAAAGUAAAAAAUGCCAAAUGUCUAAAGUUUUUGGUUUCACAAAUUCCUUCUUGUCUUACUCCUUUAUUCCAAGGUUUAGCAAAAAUGCUGUUUAGUCGAAAAUCACCCGACGCUUCGCAGAAAAAGCAAGCUUUCAAAAUUUCAGAUGCUAUUGCUGAGGUUCUACGGGAUCAUUUGACUUGGCCGCGAUAUGAACUCGAUAGCGAAACUGAUUCUACAAAUAAAUAUAAUUAUCUUACGAUAAUGCUCGGAUUAUUAUCUCUACUUUUCCUGGACGAACGGAGUCAAGUAUCACUUCAAACAAUGCUUGUUGUUUCUUUUGAUCGAGUUAAUGGCUUGGAAGUUGUAUUUAAACUCUUACGCCAAUUUUGGGAAGAAGCUGAGGGAAUUAAAGUCCUUGAAGAAUAUUCUACAAUUGAAGUUGAUGAAGGUUCUAAAGAAAGGCUUUCACGAAUUCAUGGAUGCAUAGAUGUCACAUUAAAUUUUUUUCAGUUCGUUGGAUCAUCAAAAUUAUUGCAUGAGUCACCCCAAACAGUACCACUAACGACAAAAGACAGAGAUCCACGUGUUGAGCCAUUUGAUCCUUUUAAUUUUCUUUUGAACGUUCGAGCAAAAAUUCUUCCUGUAAUAAAUGAACUUUGGCAAAGUGCCUAUCUUCCUAGAGCUCCACCAAAUAUUGUUCGAUCUGUUCUUCAAAAUUUAGUUCAGAUUUUAAAGGCGGAUGGAGAAGUUAAUCAACGUCCUGAAGGAUCAGGAUCAGGAUCAUCAAGUGGAUUAACAGCACCUACUUCUACACUGUUUGGUGCUACAAGAUCGUUGGCACCUGAUGAAGAACGAGUUCAACAAUUGAUUGAAAUGGGCUUCCAGCGUUCAUCAGCUGAAGCUGCACUUAUACGUUGCAAUAAUCAUGUUCAGGCUGCUGCUGAUUAUUUGGUAACGCAUCCUCAAACUAUUGCAGCAACGGUUUUCUCAGCAGCAUCAUCGACCGAAGCAGGUCGGAAUCCGUCUGAUACAACCUCAACAAGAGGUAAUGCACCCACUGAUGCGGGAUCUACAAUUGAUGUGACUGCUCAAGCUCUUGCAUUAUCAAUGCAAGGAAAUCAAACUCCUGUAGAAGGUACCGUUACGAACGAUGGCUCAAUCCCUAUGGAGACUGAAACCGUAUCAACGAAACCAGACAAAGGUAAAGGGAAAGAAGUUGAUUAUAUAGAUCAUUUCAAGGCUCUUAGAGAUAAGCUGAGGUCUACUUCAGCAGCUCGUGCAAUUGAACUUCUUGAUGCAGUUGAGGACAUUAUUUUUGAAGUGAAAGACUUGUUUGUACUUCUUAGCAAAGAUGAUGCUGAACAGAACAUUGAAUUAAUAAUAAAAAGUAUUGAAACAGUUCGUAGUCAUCCUGACGAACAGCGCAAAAAAGCACUUAAUUCUCGUUUACGCCUUUUGGCUCUUUUAUUGAAUGAGAAUAGUAUACAAGGAAAAAUUCCGAACUUACCUUUUAAUAUAUUUUCUGAUAUGAUAUCUAUGAUUUCUGAACAAUCAGGAUUGCCUUUAGAGAAUCCUUUACCAAAAUGGAUUGCACCUGCUUUGUUAGUUAUUGAAGCGUUUAUUUCUUUAUCGGAAGAACCAGUUAGCACAGAAUUAGUUACAAAACCUGAUGAAUCAAAAGACAUUAAUGUUUCUUUAAACGAGUUGAGUUUUAUUAAAGCAGAAUCGCGAACUCAACUUCUUGACUAUUGCUUAUCUUUAUUAAAAAGAAAGGACUUGGACAAGGAUAUUAUGAAUGCAUUACUUAGGAUAGUGGUUCGUCUUACUCGUCGUCAUUCGGAUGCUAUUGAGUUUGUAAACAAGGAUGGCCUGAAUUUACUUUUCAAUGCAUUUAAGUCGCGGGCCCAUGAUUUCCGUGGACAGCAGAUAUUCAUUGUCAUGAUAUUACGGCAUGCCCUUGAAGAUGCUUCAGUUUUGGAAUCAAUUAUCGAUAAAGAAAUCAAAAAUUGGUUCGCCAAUCCACGCCCACGAGGAGGUGAUAUUAAUGCAUAUUUAAGAAACAAUGCACAAUUUGCUUUACGGGCACCAGAAAUAUUUAUUCACUCCACUAAAAAGCUCAUCAAAUUAGCAAGAUACGAUUCUAGCGGACGUAAUCAACAAAUCGCAUUAAUUAAAACAGAUACGGAAGAUAUUAGUACUGCUACGACUAAAGAUACAACCAUCAAUGAAGAAGAGAUGACAGAUACAUUACCGCCACCGUCGACUUCUACUUCACUUGGAUCCCCAAAAAAAUUUUCAUUUGGUUCAGAAACGGCUGAAAGCAUCGUUCAAUUUAUUGCAAAUGAAUUGGUCGCAACUCGUGUGCAAGCUAAUCAAACUUUGGAUGUAAAACUGUCUGAAACUAAUUCAAACGAUCGAAAUGAAAAUGUUAAUUCUUCCGCAACCACCUCGACAUCUACAAAUAGUAUUAACACUCCACAGCCUGUAUUUAAAUCUGAGGAACAUUUGGAUUAUCUGUAUCGAUGUUUCCUACUUCAAUGCUUAACUGAACUUCUAUCUUCGUAUCCAUCAUGUAAAAUUGAAGUUGUGAACCUUUCACGUCGCAGAAACAGCAUGGGAUCUAGUACCCAAUCGAAAUCAAAAACUUCUCUUUUGUAUUAUCUCCUGAAUGAAUUAUUACCGUACGGUUGUAUAACACCAUCUACUAAUAUCGAGAUGCGGAAACGUUAUGGACAAUCAAAAUGGACAACAUCUGCUCUUGUGGCAUUAUGUUCUAAUGUUGGUAGCGAAGUAGAUGAUAAGAAACCACAGCCUGAAAUAAUACAAGUACGAAAAUUUGGUUUGGAUUGUAUAAUUAAAUCGUUUAAAACUGCGAUUUCUUCAUCAGAUCCAAUUGAAUCAAAAUAUGGAAGACUAUUGUCUUUGGCGGAGUUAUGCUAUGCAAUACUUAAUUCACGUACAGGUCCUAACGCCACUGCCAACAAACCAAUUGAAGAUGGUCCCGCCAGUAUCGCCAAAAUAAUGCUGGAUAAAAAUUUUGUGAACACUUUAACUGAUGCACUCGCCGAAGUUGAUCUCAAUUAUCCUUCAGCGAGAAUUUUGAUAAACGCUUUAUUAAAACCUUUUGAAUGUCUUACGAAAGUUGCUAUUAAACUGGGUCGAUCUCCUGAAGCUCCUAAUAAAGAGCAACAACGUCGUGACAGUAUUUCAUCCAUAUCCACACCAUCUGCAGAUGAAAUGAAUCCGGAAACUGAGGAUGCACCUGAUUUGUACGCUACCUCGGUGCUUGGAGCUCUUGAAGGCAGAGUGGAUAGCGAUGAAAUGGAUGAUGAUAGUUUAGACUCGUCAGUUGAUGAACAAAGGUAUGACGAUGGUGAUUUUGAUGAAGGAACCGGUAGUGAUCUUAGCGAUGUUAGCAAUGAUGACGAUUUAGAUGAAGGGGAUGAUGACAAUGGUGACGACAUGGAUGUAGAAAUAGUAGUUCGACAACCGAUCCAUGGUCACCCGGUUGUAUUGGAUAAUGAAAGGAACGAUGAUCAUGAUUCUGAAAUUGAACAUGGAGUGAACCAACAUUUAGAAAAUGAUGAUGAUAGUGACGAUGAAGGACAUCAUCACGUUAGAGGUAACGACGACCAGGAAAUGUGGGAUGUUCAUGAUCAAGUGAUGAUAGAACGUGGCGAUAUUGUCGAAGAAAUUAUUGAUGCUGAAGGACAACUCCAUAGACACCGUCGACAUGACCGAUUUGGUGGCAAUGACGAUGGCGCAGAUAGAGAUAUUAUGCUUGAUGAAGAUGACGAUGAAGAUGAUGAUGAUGAAGAGGAAGAUGACGACGACGAAGCUGACGAUGUUGAAGAAAACGAUGUUGUAUUAGAUAAUGGAGAUGUAAUCGAUGAUGGUUAUGAUCGUAUAAACUUCAACUGGGCUUGGAAUCAGCCUGGAACGCAUUUCAUGAACGAUGACGAUUUUGGUAUUCCAAACAGAACUGGUCGUGCCUUGUUUAGCUUUGGCAACAGACGUCACAGGCAUAUGCCUGGUCGUCGAGCUAUUCUUGAAGUUCCACCAGAGGGUCUCGAUUAUGUUAUCGGUGAUCCUGUAGGUUACGGCUUUAAUUUUGGAACAAAUGAUGAUGUAGAUAAUUCAGGAUUAUGGCGCAGUAACAGAACACUACCAGACACUAAUGAUGAUGUUACUACACACCCUCUACUCGUUAAUCGAUCUCCAACCGUUCCUUCUGUUGCUAGCGUUGAACUUACUCGGGGACGUAGUGUUCGAAAUGGACCUUUGGGUGAUUGGACACAGUCAAUCGAAGAAUUAAUCGGUGGUGGUGCGGUUCAAUUAUUAGAACAAUUAUUAACUAGAAGUCGAGGUUUAGGACAUUCUUCUACAUAUAGACUUGAAUUAAAUACUGGAUCGUCGGGCCUAGUAAGCGGCAUUGAAGUUGAUCGUGUUUUUCCAAGAACAAUAUCCAGCGGACAAGAAAAUCAGAAUAUAUCACCGCCAAGUGAUCCUAUAACUGCAGUUCAAGAAUUUAAACCUCAUUCAACUGGGCAACGAUGGUACGACGAAGCACGCAUGAUGUAUGGAAGUACAGUAGCAGAAAAAUCCGCAAAACUUGUUAAUCACAUUUAUAAUGCAUUGGUUCCUUAUGCGUUGGAGGAAGAAAAAAAGAGAAUAGAAGAAGAAAGGAAGAGAAAAGAAAAGGAGGAAAGAGAAAGGGAAGAAAGGAGACUUCGUGAGGAAGAGGAAAGAAUAAAGGCUGAAGAGGAAGCUGAACGACUAAGAAAAGAGCGAGAAUUAAGAGAAGCUGAAGAAGUAGUUGCGGCUUCUACAGUUGUUCCUCAACCGGAAACUAUAGCUGAUCAAUCGAUGUCUGAUACAAUAACCAAUAAUGAUGAAAUAGUUGAAGUAACUGAAGUAACUGAAGUUACCGAAGUGAUCGAACUUAUUGAUCCUAUGCAAGAAGAUGCACCAAUAAUCGAACAAGAGCGAGAACAUUCAGGGGAAUCUAUAGAAAUGGAAGAUGAACCUGCUCCAGUUACGACUGAUCUUAAUAUGGAUGAAGGACCAUCAGUGGUUCCAGAUACUAGCCAAACCCAAGAAGCAGCUGAAGAUACAAUUGAAGGCUCAAGUGAAAGUCAAUCAACAAGAACUACAGUUAUUGUUAACGGUCGUCCUGUGGACAUUACCGAUACUGGUAUAGACCCAACCUUCCUCGAAGCGUUGCCUGACGAUCUUAGAGAGGAGGUACUUAACCAACAUUUGCCACCUGAAAGGCGUAAUAGACCACCAGUUACUAGUGGAACUGGUGAUGCUAUUAGCCCUGAAUUUCUUGCUGCUCUUCCAGACGAUCUCAGGGAAGAAAUAAUUCAACAGGAAGAAGCAUUCGAGCAAGAAAGAAUGAUUCGUCAACGGACUUCGGAACCUGCUGCUGUUGAAAUGGAUACUGCAAGUUUUUUCGCUUCUUUAGAUCCACAAUUACGACAAACAGUUCUUCUUGAACAGGACGAGAUGGUCCUGGCAUCAUUACCACCAGCAAUAGUUGCAGAGGCCAAUGCGCUGCGAGAAAGAGCUAGUCGUCGAUAUACAAAUGCAGUACGAUCAAGGACAUUAACUGCACCUCAAAUUCAAGUUUCUAAAAAGCCUUCAAUCCAACGUGAUGCGGUAAAACUUGUAGAUACCUCUGGAUUAGCUACUUUAGUUAGACUAUUAUUUCUUCCUCAACCUUUAGGAAAUAAAAAUUUGUUACAUAAAUUAUUACUUAAUCUUUGUGAGAAUAGCAAGACGCGUGGUGAACUAAUUUCCAUGUUAUUAUCCGUUCUUUUUGAUGGUAGCGGUGACGUUUCCGCGGUCGACAAAAGUUUUGCGCAAAUGUCUUUAAAGACUAAAGGAACGCUGAAGGGAACACCAAGAAGACAAUCAAGUCUUCCAAAUUCUUCACUAGCACAAAUAACUCAGGCUGCCGGAGAAAAUGUACCCAAUUUAAUUGCACAGAGAUGUUUAGAAGCGCUAACAUACAUUGUAACAUAUAACGAAGCCUCAGUUACGUAUUUUUUGAUGGAACACGAUAAUAGCAUUGGUCUUAAAAGAUCUAAUAGCCGAAAAGGUAAAGAGAAACAAGCAAAAACACUAAGCAAAUAUCCGGUAGUGAUACUACUAAGUUUACUCGAUCGUCAAGUGUUUAUUAAAAAUACUGCAUUAAUGGAUCAGUUAAUGCAUUUACUUUCGUUCGUUUUGCGUCCUUUAUCUACAUUGACAAAGAAAGAUUCCAACAAUGCUGCUGGAGACUCCGGUGGACAGUCAAAUGACAAUAGCAAUGGCCCUGUGAUACAAAGCACUAGUACUGAGAAUCAUUCUGGUCAAUCUACUGGAUCAGAUAACCAAAAUAAUAAUUCAGCGCAAUCUGAUGAGACAAAUAAUGAUCCGCCACAGAAUAAUGUGAACUCAGAGACCAAUAAUAAUACAUCUUCAGGAGCUUCUGCAAGCGAAGCUUCCCGGAAUCCAACGACAGCUUCGACGUCUUCAGAACCUGCUCAACCUGCUCUUAAACCUCCAGUUAUACCUGAUUAUUGUUUGCGCCUUGUAGUUAAUGUUCUUACUGCUGGCGAAUGCACAAGUAACACGUUUAAAUAUACGCUGUCAGUCAUUCAACAUCUUUCAACUUUAAAUGGAGCCCGUGAUGUUAUUACGUCAGAAUUAGUUGACCGUGCUCAAUCACUUGGAAAUGAUAUACUUGAUGAUCUGGAUGAAUUGGCUCAAAUUUUACAACAUGCGGACACUGGCGUUGAUGUACAAGGUGUUACUUUGGCCAAAUUUUCACCAUCAUCAUCACAACAAGCAAAAUUGUUACGUGUUCUAAAGACUAUCGAUUAUAUGUAUUCCCGCAAGCAACAAUCAACAACUAAUACAUCAACAAACGCUCAAGUGUCAUUGGCUCCGACGGUAGAUCCGGAUGAAGUUGAUGUUGUGGCGCCAAGAACGUUAUUGGAUGGUGGCAGAGGCUCUAAACUCACUGAAGAUGAAGAAAAAGUUAUGAGGAUUUAUGAUAGCCUUAAUUUCACAGAACUUUGGAAAAAACUCGGCAAAUGUUUGACCACCAUACAUGAAAAACCUGACAUGAUUCACGUGGCAACUGUUCUCUUGCCACUCAUAGAGUCUCUCAUGGUUGUAUGUAAAUAUGUGGGAAUGGCACCUUCUACUCAAAAGAUGACAUCAUCAGAAUCUCAAGCAACAUCGGAAAGUAUGGAAGAAUUAUUCUUCACGUUCACUGAAGAUCAUCGAAAGAUUCUUAAUACAAUGGUCCGGAACAAUCCAUCAUUAAUGAGCGGUUCUUUCUCGUUACUUGUACAUAAUCCAAAAAUUCUUGAAUUUGACAACAAACGAAAUUAUUUCAAUCAACAACUUCAUAAACGAACAAACACUCGUGAUCAUUAUGGCACUUUACAACUCAACGUUCGUAGACAGUAUGUAUUUGAAGAUUCCUAUCAAAACUUACAAAGAAGAACAGGAGACGAAAUUAAAUAUGGUAAACUUAGUGUUCGUUUCUACGAGGAAGAAGGUGUAGAUGCUGGUGGUGUGACGAGAGAAUGGUUCCAAGUUCUCGCUAGACAAAUGUUUAACGAAAAUUAUGCAUUGUUUAAGACUUCGGCAGCAGAUAGAUUAACUUAUCAGCCAAAUAGGGCAUCAAAUGCAAAUCCAGAACAUUUAUUAUUCUUUAAGUUUGUUGGACGUGUUAUUGGCAAAGCCAUUUAUGACGGCAGACUUUUGGAUGCUUAUUUUACUCGUUCAUUCUAUAAACAUAUUCUUGGUAAACCUGUUGACUACCGAGAUGUCGAAGCCAUUGACUUGGAGUAUUACAACAGUCUUGUAUGGAUGUUGAAUAACGAUAUAACUAACAUUAUUGACCUAACAUUUAGUGUUGUAACUAACGAUUAUGGUGAAGAGAAAAUUAUUGAUUUGAAACCUAAUGGUAGAAAUAUUUCAGUGACAGAUGAAAAUAAACGAGAGUAUGUUAUGCUUGUUACAGAACAAAGACUUACAUUGGCUAUCAAAGACCAAAUAGAGAAUUUUCUUGCUGGCUUCCAUGAAAUUAUUCCUGCACAUUUGAUCAGCAUAUUUAAUGAGCAAGAAUUAGAACUUCUUAUAUCAGGAAUGCCAGAUAUUGAUAUUGAUGAUUGGAAAAAUAAUACAGAAUAUCAAAAUUAUACUGCUUCAUCGCCUCAAAUACAAUGGUUCUGGAGAGCUGUACGGAGCUUUGAUCAAGAAGAGAGGGCAAAGCUUUUGCAAUUCGUUACAGGUACAUCUAAGGUACCGUUAGAAGGCUUCUCGGCUUUACAAGGUGUUCAUGGAGUUCAAAAGUUUCAAAUUCAUAAAGAUUUCUCAAGCCCAGAUCGACUCCCUUCUGCCCAUACAUGCUUUAAUCAAUUGGAUAUUCCUGAAUAUGAAGAUUACGAGCAGUUAAGGUCACAAUUAUUAUUAGCAAUUUCGGAGGGAACGACAGGAUUUGGUUUCCAGUAA